AAUACAAAAACCAGAAACUGCAAAAAUCCAAAGAACAUGGCUCAAGACCAAACUGGGAACAUAAAACAUAAGAAAAAAAACUAGAAAAUACAACACCAACCCUUAUGCCCAAUCAAAUCAAUUCAUUUCACCCGUCCCAACAACAAUAUUCAUUUCCCCUACAACUAUUCCAGAACUCGGAGAGGAAGCAAUCAAGCUCCCCAUUCACUUCAAUGAUCAUCCCUCUCCCCUUUUCUCCUGAACUCUGCAACUCUUCUCAAUUCGGUUCCCUUGCCCAAUCCAUGUCCAGCGUUCACUCCGUAUAUCCAGGGAUGCUCCCCACCAGUUUAUUUUGCAGAGGGUAUUUUGAAGAAACGGAGCAGGGAUAUAUUUUUGUGGAGCUCGAUGUUCACGUUGCAGGCGAUUGCGGCGAUCAAUGUUCUCUUCAUUCGUAUGUGAGGGUGUGCAAAAUAUAGAUGAAAAGUCAUGUCUCAAACGCCAUCAAUGAACUUGAGCUGGGAGGAGUGGAGUACGACAGUGGAUACGGGCCAGGAUGAGUGGAGUACAGCGGUGGAUACGGGCCGGGAAGAGUGGAGUACGGCAGUAGAUACGGGCCGAAAGGAGCGGAGUAUUGAGAUGGAUACGAGCCAGGAUGACUGGAGUACUGAGGUGGUAGUGGGCUGAAGAUAUCAAACUCUGAAUGAUAUCCAUGGCCUGACGAGCCCGGGAAAUAGUCAUCGCCCCCAAAUCUGGAUGAUAAGAACUAUCCCUAGAGUGUAGUUUCAGCUCUACCUCCGACUCUAGCUCCGACUCUGGUGCAUGAUGCAAAUCUGGAAGGGGUUGCCCAAGUCAUGUCAUAUGCGGGGGGACUACCAUCAAACGCCCACCAAACAAAAAUGGUUUCCCUAUCUCACAGUACAACUAUAUGUACUCUAACGAGGGUUGCAAAUCCAAAGCACGAUCUAUCUGAGGUGCCCUCCCCAACCAGUUGUUCCACAUUGUAAUAUAUUCUCCAUGCACUUCUCCCCAAUCAUUUCCAUGCUUC